UUCAAGCACUAUAAUUUUUUAAAUUAGCAUUUGGGGCAAGUGAGACUCCUUACCUGUGAUGAAAACAAAUUACCUUAAGAAGGGAAUCUUUGAUAAAAAUAUGCCAGUUUAACUGUUGGUAAUGCAAAAUAAUGUCACUAACUGACUUAUCAAGGUAUAAUGAUAAUGAAGAUGAAAUAAAAGAUGAGGAUCAUGACUUAAUACUUGCAGAAAAACUAUCCCCUCUGCAACCUAGCAUUGAAACGCCUAAUACAUCUGAUAACGCAGCAAAACCUAGAGGUUUAGUUUCAUAUAUUGGUGAAUAUACAGAUGAUGAAAGUUCUGAUGAUGAAGGAGUUCGUGUUGAACUAUCUUUACCUGCUUCUGCUGUGAAUUUUGGACUUUUUGAUGGAGGAAAUGCAGUUUCUUCAAUUGGAAGCACAUCACCAAGCUCUACUGUUGAUACUUUAGAAAAUGUAGAAAAAGAACAAACUGUGCGCUUACCUCCUGAGCCUGAAGGUCGUUGUUCUAAAUCUCUCCAGGAAAAAAUUGCGAAAUUGAUUGAAAAGAAAAACAAUGGUAUGAAUGUUAAUGAGUAUGUGCAAAGAAAAAAAGAAUUUCGUAAUCCAAGUAUUUAUGAGAAACUUGUUAGUUUUAUUGGUAUUGAUGAACACGGUACAAACUUUCCUAAAGAAAUUUUUGAUCCCACUAUAUGGGGACCUGAAUCACAUUAUGAUAAUCUAGCAAAAUUGCAAAAAGAAUAUCAUGAUAAAAAAGAAAAAGAAAAAUUAAAAAGGACUCAGGUCGAAUUUGUUAAAAAGAUUCCAAACCCAACACCAACAGAUAAAAAGACAAAGUGGGAUCAAAAAAUACCAGUAAAAGCCUUAGAAAACAAAUAAUGUUUUACAAUAGUUUAGCGAUAUUUUUGGUUAUGUUGAAUAACACUCGAAAUUUGUCAACCUGAUAUUAUUUUAUCAACCUGUUGUUAUUUUACAAAAUAAUAAUGAAUUUUUUUUUU